UGUAAUCAUUUUCUUCAUCCCACUUAGAAACAAACAAAAGAACUAGCGUAAGGUAAAAGAAAGGCCACACUCUCAGCAAUGGCGAUAAAAAGCACCUCCUUGGCCAUUUGCCUCCUCUUUUCUUUGGCCACCAUAGCCACUGCUUACUACUCUCCCUCAUCUCCUCCGGUUCACCAAUCACCAGAAUACAAACCCACGCUUCCCCCUCCGGUUUACAUCCCCAAGCCUACACUCCCACCUCCAGUUUACACUCCACCUGUUUACAAGCCAACCCUUCCCCCUCCGGUCUACACCAAACCAACUCUUCCACCUCCCGUAUACACUCCUCCCACCAAGCCAUAUGUCCCAAAGCCAACCUACACUCCACCCACCAAGCCAUAUGUUCCAAAACCAACAUACACAUCUCCCACCAAGCCAUAUGUCCCAAAACCAACCUACUCUCCACCCACCAAGCCAUAUGUCCCAAAGCCAACCUACACUCCACCCACCAAGCCAUAUGUCCCAAAGCCAACCUACACUCCUCCCACCAAGUCAUAUGUUCCAAAACCAACAUACACUCCUCCCACCAAGCCAUAUGUCUCAAAGCCAACUUACACUCCUCCCACCAAGCCAUAUGUUCCAGAGAUUCUUAAAGUUGUUGAUGGCAUCAUUCUUUGCAAAAACGGUUAUGAAACCUACCCAAUUCAAGGAGCCAAGGCAAAGAUCGUGUGCUCUGAGCCCGGAUCAUACGGGAAGAAGGAUGUUGUGAUCUACAGCGAUCCAACUGACUCUAAGGGAUACUUCCACGUGGCGUUGACCGACAUCAUCAAGAACCUACUUCACUGUCGUGUCAAGCUCUACACAUCUCCAGUUGAGACUUGCAAGAACCCAACCAAUGUCAACAAGGGUCUGACCGGAGUUCCAUUGUCUAUGUACGGAUACCGUUACCACUCCGACAAAAACUUGAAGAUCUUUAGCGUCGGACCUUUCUACUUCACCGGUCCCAAAGCAGCCCCCACCAUUCCCAAAUACUGAUGAUCACAUUAUAUGGUGAUGAUCUUGCAUGAUAUGAGGUCACGUUGGUCAAUUUUUUUGUUUCGAAACUUUUCCCUUCUAAAUGUUCCUGUGUUUCUCUGUACCAAUUUCAUUUGAUUCAUUGCAUUACCGAUGCAACCGUUCUUUUUGGUUAUGUUAUGUUUUCCAAAUUGUAUUUAAGAAAAUUAUCUGAGGAACGUCUUUGUUUGAUCUA